AUGAGUACGACGCCCAGUACGCCAGCCGGUGGUGCGACUUCCGCUUCCGCCAGUGACGCGGAGUCAAUCGACACGGCUACCACCAAGAUCGCAAACGCACGAGCAGACACGAGUACAGCAACUGCGACGGACAACCCUUUGUCGCCAAUCUCACACCCGAUCAAUCCAGAUGCGCCUUCCUUACUGACACUACCUGGGGAGGUUCGCAACGCUGCCUAUGAGGCUCUCUUUGUAUACGAUGACCCUAUUCAGGUUCACGCGAACAACAUCAGCUAUCUCGAUUACCAUUCCGGAAGUAUCGUCGCCGGAACUGCGCUCUUCCAGUCAUGUCAUCAGAUCCAACAUGAGGCCACUGGUGUCUUCUAUGCACGAAACGUAUUCCGCCUAGUGCUCCCUAAAGAUGCAUUUGGGCGUGGUGACUUUACUUGGGCUAUGGCCUGGCUUCGCAUGAUUGGCAAACAAUCAUCUUCUCUUCGCGUCGUCCAGUUCGACAUCAGCAAUUUGCUUGACCAAGACGAAGACUUGGAGAUCUUGCCGAUACUGGAAUACACCUGGAAGCCGGAACACAAGGACAUGACUGCAACCUUGGUGACACCACCUGAGAGAUUAAGCAUGGGUUUCAAAGGCAGUCCGAAAUGGUCCGCCAACGACACGACUAAGAUCAACAAAGGCUUGAAUGCGCUCAUCGCUGAUCCCUCCAACGUUCUCAGGAAGUACUGGAUUCCGAACAUGCUGUUGAGGGUCAAGCUCGAUACAAAGGGAUCGGAAGUAUACGUUUCAUACCGCCAUAAUCAUCGCGGUGGUGGUAACUGGAUGACGAAAGGCCGCAUGACAAUCAGCGAUGAAGAUGAGUUGCGUCUGAUUCCGCCCGACAGGAAACCAGGAAUUUGUGACCUCAUGGCCAUAUCUUCCAUUAAAAAGAUGCUCUUCGAUCUGGUCCAGCCCCCAGAAGUGGAACCAGCCUUCGACUUGACGAAACAGACUACGAACAUCAACCUGAGAAGCCUAGCUGGAGUGAAUCAUUGGUUACGUCUCAUGAUCAUUGCGGAAGUUGGCGAUUAUCACUCGACCUUUGAGUUAACAGCUUCGACGCCGAAGUACAACUUUGCGACCGAGCUGGAGAGGUUCACAACCAUCCAACUACGGGGCCACCCAUGCUACUUUCAUCUGUACUUCGACCUAUCGGAACACUUCACCCUUGACGAUGUUCGAUUUGACGCACUGCAACUUUUAUCUGCGAUGAGUCCGGUCGACCGCGAUGUCCAAUUGAAGAUCGAAGUACGCAAUCCGCUCGAUUCUGAAACACCAAACCAGACUUUCACGUUGUUCUUGAGCGAACUAAAGGUCAGCGUUCUCUCCUGCAUAUACAACUUCCUGAAGACCUACCCCGAUCGUGCCCACCUUCCGUGCCCUAGUAUCUGGACGAAUGGAUGGGGUCAAGCGAAAGAAGCGACAUGGGGAGAUGAGCUCGGGUUGGGACCUCUGCAAAUCCCAUACCUGGACAACAGUCAUGGUGGAGUUCGGUGUAUCGAUAACACGUUUGCUAACACUUGGCAUCCGAGGCUCAACAAUGUUGCUCCAGGCAAUGGGAACACCUUGAUCGAGUUUCUUAGGGAAUUACCCUAGUGGCGGUAGAGCUAUGGUCUGACGAUAUUGUCGGGAUAACUCGCUAAUGCUUUUUUAGAUUUUUGGAUGCGAUCUCGAGCUCUUUACUGCAUUUUAGAGCUCUCGUGUUAAGGAAUUUCUUUCCUUCGCCCCACGUAGACGGAUUGGAGUGGAUUCGGAUACCAUGAAUGUUUAGUGAUAACUUUUCACUCAUCAG